GGUUUUUUCUUCGGUUCUAAACAGUUAGUUAACAGUAUAUACAUGUUCUCAAAUUCCCUCUCGUUAAUAUUGGCAUUUGUCUUAUUUGUUGCGAUUCUACCAACCUGAACUCCUAAUCCACCAACUUUCUUCUUUAGAAAACUUUUAAACUGUGUUAUUGCUAUUUGGCUUGGCUAUAUCUCUAUGCCACUAGUCAAAGACCUAUUCUAACCUCUCUUCUCUCUCUAAACACAGUUCUGAGAUUCAUACUCAUCUGCUUCUUGGUUUCUAAUUCCACAGAUUACAGUCAUCCUAGAAGGUUCAACAAGAUUACAUCACUGAACAACUCUGCCUGCUGUACUAUUUCUCAAGGCGAAUCAUGUCAUUAGUUAGGUCUGCUGAUGUAGCUCCCACACCGUAUAAAAAUGCCAAGUUCUUCUCACUAAAGGGAACCGAUGUUAGACCAGGCUUGUCCUCUCAAAUUUUUGGUCCUGAUAAGCAUAGGAGCAUUUACAUCACAGAUUCUUACUCCAGCGAGAGUUAUGAGAAGUACUUCCAUGACUCUCAAACAGAAGAACUGAUAGAACCAUCGAACUCCAGCAUCUCUGGAAGUUCAAUCCCCCCUGAUGUAGCCUCUUCUUACCAGCUUACAGCCAGUUCAGAAGCUUCUGUGGUUGCCAAUAACCCAUUUGAUUGUUCUUUCAUGUCCACAGUGACACACGAUGUUUAUGAGGCAAACUUUGGAUCAGAUUUGAUGGAGAAUGGAAUCCUCGAUUCCCGUGAAAAUGAUGGUCUAAUGAGUUUAAAACUACAAGCAUUGGAGAGGGCAUUGCUUGAUGAUAGUGAGGCUGAGGAGGAAGACAUAUUUGAGGCUGUUCAAAGCAUGGAAAUUGAUCCAGACAUUGCUGAGUGGGAUUCCAUGCAGGAUAUGGUCCUCCAUGAUUCACCAAAGGAGUACUCUUCUUCAGACUCCAGCAUCAGCAGCAUCAGCAGCACCAAAGAAAUAUCACAAAUUUCUCACACCCCAAAACAGCUGCUUUAUGAAUGUGCUAUUGCACUUUCAGAAGGAAACGAAGAGGAAGGAUCAUCCAUGAUAAACAAUCUCAGACAGAUGGUGUCAAUUCAAGGAGAGCCUUCUCAAAGAAUCGCCGCCUAUAUGGUUGAGGGGCUUGCAGCUCGCCUAGCGGAAUCUGGCAAAAGUAUUUACAAAGCUCUGAGAUGCAAGGAGCCACCUUCUUCAGAUCGUCUAGCAGCCAUGCAGAUACUGUUUGAGGUUUGCCCAUGUUUCAAAUUUGGGUUUAUUGCUGCUAACAAUGCAAUCACAGAAGCAGUGAAAGAUGACAUGAACAUUCAUAUCAUAGACUUUGACAUCAACCAAGGAAGCCAGUACAUUAAUCUAAUCCAAACACUUGCUUCAAGGUCAAGUAAGCCACAUGUUAGAUUGACAGGGGUUGAUGAUCCAGAGUCUGUGCAGAGAACUGUUGGAGGUCUCAAGAACAUAGGACAAAGACUAGAAAAACUGGCAGAGGCACUUGGUUUACCAUUUGAGUUCCGAGCAGUGGCAUCAAGGACUUCCAUUGUGACCCCAUCAAUGCUCAACUGUAGUCCUGGUGAAGCACUUGUGGUGAACUUUGCAUUCCAGCUUCAUCACAUGCCUGAUGAGAGUGUUUCAACCGUGAACGAACGGGACCAGCUUCUUCGGUUGGUGAAGAGCUUGAAUCCAAAGCUUGUGACAGUUGUGGAGCAAGAUGUGAACACAAACACCACCCCCUUCUUGCCUAGAUUUGUUGAAGCCUACAAUUACUACUCUGCUGUGUUUGAGUCGCUUGAUGUUACUCUUCCAAGAGAAAGCCAGGACAGGAUGAAUGUUGAAAGACAGUGCUUGGCCAGAGACAUUGUCAACGUUGUUGCAUGUGAGGGCGAGGAUAGGAUAGAACGGUACGAAGUGGCAGGAAAAUGGCGAGCGAGGAUCACAAUGGCUGGCUUCACUUCAUCUCCAAUGAGCACAAAUGUUACUGAUGAAAUCCGAAACCUCAUUAAGGUGAUGUAUUGUGACAGGUACAAGAUAAAGGAGGAAAUGGAUGCUCUUCACUUUGGUUGGGAAGACAAAAACUUGAUCGUUGCUUCGGCAUGGAAGUUACCAAGAUAAUGAACUAUGUUAGUAGACACACUUAUUCUAGUACUGGUAAUGUAGUGUUUGCUUGCUUGUGUAGUGUGUAGAAUACUUCUGAUGUUUCUAUUCUACUCUUUGCUUGCUUCUCCACUUGUACACUAACUUACAAUCUUAAUCUAAUAACGAAAAUUUCAUUUUAUCUAA